AAUCCGGUUGCUUGGAUUGAAAAGUGUUCUGAUUACGGUAACAUUAGUAAACAUCAUAAUUAACAUCACACAUCAACACAAUUGCUCAUUUUCUUGUUAUUUUCAAUCAAUUUCCAUCAAAUCGACUCUGACCAUUGUCCAGCUCAACCAUCACCCUCACUUGAUUCUCCAUCACCAAUCAACACCUCAAUCAAAAUGCCUCCCUUUUCAACGGCCUCAUCGCCACUUCCGUCAUCACUGUCUCUAUUUAUCCCUCCACCUAAUCCGGAUACAAGUUCAUACCUUAAUCCACCUUCAUCCGUUGAAAAUGUAUCAUCUUUAUCUUUAUCUUCAUCAUCAUCAUCAUCAUCAUCUCCAUCAUCAUCAACUGUACCCUCUCUUGUAAAUAAUUCAAUUGUUCACAAUGCUGAAAAAGCGUUCGCCCAAUUGUUUGACUCGAUGAAAGUUAAGGCCAUUUCCACCGAGACCAAAUUGUAUCGUAACAUUGAGCAACUUUACACUGGGGUCAUUCAAGUGGCCUCAUUUGCCCACGAAUAUAACUUUGAAUCGGUCAACGCCAACGGAUACUGGACAUUCAUUCGUAGUUGUACCAAACUGUGUACCAUGAUUAAAGGUCGUCUUAAAGAUCCAAGUGUCUAUGAGGAUCUUGAGAUUGCGACUUGCGGUUACCUGAGGCUAUUAAAUCACAUUUUAAAUUUCAGAGAGAUCACAAAAAACGGUCAAGUUGAUGAAAAUUUCAACAAUUUUUCAGAUGAUUCAAGUGUACAAUAUAUUGAUCAACAAUCAGUUAAUCAUAAGAAUAAUAAAAAUGAAUCAAACAUCACAAUCACGGAUGAAGGUGAGAAUACCCAAUCCAAUUUGAAGAUUGACCAAAUGACCACAACCACCGAUCUCAAUUCAGAGUGUUCAUAUUUUUAUCGACAAAGAUCACCUUCAAUCUCUUCAAAUAUUUUACCGUUAUUCGUCCCACCGACUGUCUACUCGGUCGACAUCCUCCGAGAAGCUUCAACCAAUCAAAAUCAACUUCAACGUCUAUUUACAACUUUCGGUGCUUUUUGGUUCUGUAAAUCGAUGAGAAUCUUUUUCGAGGUUUACAUGUUGGCCGUUGCCUUUUUCGGUGAAAUUUUCCCCUUCUCUUUGAAGAACCUUUGGUCUCGUGAUCAUCGAAUUGACCUUUUCACUAAAUGGACUCAAAGCCCAUCAAUUUCUUACCCUUUCGAUAUCUGGGAAAUUUUAGACUACAAAGUGGUCUGUAAAGGUAUCAUUCCUUUGAUCUUUUUAGGCCGAGGUAUUCAAACACGGAAUAUUCAAGUGGCCCCUCAAAGUACCUACGUUUACACUCGAGACGGUAAAGAUAUUGUGGUUAACCGUUCAGGUGACCCCAAAUUGACCCAAUCGGUUAAUGAAAAAUCGGUAAAAUGUCGACUCAUUUAUAAAUCAAAUCGUGACACUAGUAAAGGUCUCCUUUUAUUUCACUGUCAUGGCGGUGGGUUUAUUACCCAUUCACCUGAUUCUCAUGAAAAUUACCUUCGACAAUGGGCUUACGAUGUGCCCGACAUGACGAUAUUCUCGGUUGACUAUUCCUUGAAGCAACAAUUUCCAAUCGCUUUACAAGAAGUUCUUGACGCUUACCUUUGGGUUACCUCUGGUGACCCUGAGGUAGCUCAGCUGAUCGGAUUCCAGCCGAAAAAGAUUAUAUUCUGUGGUGACUCAGCUGGUGCUAAUUUAGCACUUUCACUUUUAUUCACUCUAAAUGACCUUUUAACUCGUGAUCCAAGUGACCUAAGGUUACAACUUCCAAGCGGAAUCUUUUCCAUAUACGGUGCAUUCCUCCUUUCACCGCUGGUCGGUCCAUCUCGAGUUAUGGGGGCAAUUGACCCUCUCCUAUCACCAGGAGUAUUAUUAACAUGUGGAGGUGUUUAUGGGAAUAUUGUUGACGAUCAAUUAGCUACUGAAGGAAAUAUAAGUUUACCCAAAUGGGAUCCAUGUGAAGGUGUCGCCGAAAAUGUCAAACGGCUCUUACUGGCCACAUACUCAAUGGUCAUCUCUAUGUCAUCAUCUCAAGUUCAACCUUGGUUCAUUUGUGACAAGCCGAGUUUCUCAAAAAAGUUACAAGCCCUCGCUGACCGGACCCACACCCCUUACGCCUCACCAAUGACCUACGAUAAGUUUGAUAGUUUGACCAAAAUACCGAUGAAAAUAUUGACCUCAGAGUUUUGUCCACUUCUCGAUGAAAGUAUUACAAUGGCUAAAUUAUGGAAAGGGCCAAUCGGUGUUGAUGUGAUGGAGGAUCUGCCCCAUGGUUUCCUUAACUUCACAAUGGUCAGUCCAGAGGCAAAUAAAGGAGCUCUAUUGUGUGGUCAACGUCUCAAAGAAAUGUUUGAAUAGGUUCAACUAAUUGUCUGGGACAGUUAAUCAACAAUUAAACUUUCCAUUCGGAAUAUUUUCCCUUCCUUAUCCUAAAUUAUAAUUGCUAAGCUUAAUUUUGAUUGUUAUCAGUGAUAACUUGACCACUUUAUAUAUAUAUAUAAUAUACACACUUGAUUAGUUAGUUAAUUGAUUAAUCUUAGCAAUAAUAAUUGUCCUAAUUAAUAAUAUACUUAGUAUAUUAUCAAUGUGAACAAUUUACUUGCUUCCAUCUGAUUCUCACUUGAUUCAAAUUAAUUGUACAAUUAAUUGUGCUCAUGUUGAAUCAUUGAUGAUGAAGAUUAAGAUGAUGACAUAUCAUAAUUAAUUGUAAAUAUUUUCUAUUGUUUUAUUUAUAUAUAUUAAUUAACUAUCUUUGUACAACAAUUAAGUCUAUUCCUAAUCCUCCCAUGUUUUGAUAUCCUUUGAGAAACUUUUUAAUGUUUAAUUAUUUUUAAUCAAAAACAAUUUGUCAUCAAAUUAUAACAAUUAAUCCGCAUCAAUACAUCAAACCCACUGACCACCAGGAAUUACAAAAAGUGAUGACCACAAUUGACAAUUUGUAUAAUCAACCCAAUGAAAACAAUUUAAAUUUUGUUUAAUUCACAAGAGAAAUGAAACAAUUAACAAUAAAGCAAAUUGCUUUUGAAAAA